UCCCGAAUCCGGGUUCAUCCGACACCACAACCGGACACCAUGCCUCCCAAGUUCGACCCCACCGAAAUCAAAGUCGUUUACUUAAGAUGUACUGGCGGUGAGGUGGGUGCCACUUCUGCUCUGGCUCCUAAGAUCGGCCCCCUGGGUUUGUCUCCCAAGAAAGUUGGUGAUGACAUUGCUAAGGCAACUGGUGACUGGAAGGGUCUCAGGAUCACGAUCAAGCUCACGAUCCAGAAUAGGAAUGCUCAGAUCGAAGUCGUUCCAUCAGCCUCCGCUCUGAUCAUCAAGGCGCUGAAGGAGCCCCCGCGUGACCGAAAGAAGCAGAAGAACAUCAAACACAGUGGCAGUGUCAGCAUGGACGAGAUAACCUCCAUUGCACGCCAGAUGAGGCACCGGUCCCUCGCCAGGGAGCUUUCUGGUACCAUCAAAGAAAUUCUUGGUACAGCUCAAUCAGUUGGCUGCAAUGUUGACGGUAGACCACCGCAUGACAUUAUUGACGAUAUAAAUAGUGGUGCAGUCGAAUGCCCAUCUAGUUGA